AUGAGUAGUUUGAACGACUUUGACGUGAACAAUUUUGCAGAAAAAAAUACUUCUGAGCAAGAAAUUAUUAAUUCAAUGGAUGACAAAGCUACUGACACUAGCAGUAGAAAUGAGAUAGAUAAUAGUAUAUCUGACAAAGAUUCGUUGAGCAGUUUUGAAGUUAAAUUUGAUAAUGAAUCUGAGAUUCCAGAUCCAGAAGAUAUAAAGAGAAUUCUUCCAAUCUACAGAAAGUACAUAAUCGGCAUGGUUAUAACACUAACAUCUAUGGUAAUCACCAUAAUAUCAUCAUGUUGGACUUUGAUUUCUGAUCGAAUAAUGGAUCAUUUUCAUAUAUCACAUGAAGUUUCUGUUUUAGGAAUUUCUUUCUAUAUAUUUGGACUAGGAGUUGGACCAUUGUUUUUAUCACCUUUAAGUGAAUUGUAUGGUCGCAGAAAGACAUUCAUAAUUUCUCUUUUUUUCAGUAUAGUAUGGCAGUGCUUAGUGAUAUGGUCUAAGACAAUCGAAGGUGUCAUGUUUGGAAGAUUUUUAUCGGGCUUUUUUGGAUCAGCAUUUCUAAGUGUAGCUGGUGGGCUUUUUACUGACAUUUUUGAAAAAAAGAACAUUGGUAUACCUAUUACCAUAUAUACAACCUCACCUAUGUUAGGACCGGCGCUGGGUCCUAUUAUUAGUGGAGCGUUGCAUGGGACAAAUUACAAAUGGACGUUUAUUACAAUGUUGUUAGCAUCGGGGUUAUCAUUCAUUUGUGUCAUUUUACUUGUUCCAGAGACAUAUGAACCAGUUCUUCUUAUUGAAAAAGCUAAAAGGCUUAGGAAGGAAACAGGAGAUGAAAGAUUUUUUGCUCCGAUGGAAUUACAACGUCGUGAUACAAAUUUGUUAAACUCAAUAGCCAACUCAGCCAGAGGCCCAUUUGGAUUGUUGAUAAGGGAUCCUAUGAUGGCAACAUUAUGUUUUUACACGGGACUUGUAUUGGCUAUUGUCUAUCUAUUUUUUGUUGCAUUUCCUUAUAUUUUUGAAACCAUUUAUGAAUUCGGAGCAGUAGAAGUUGGUUGUGCCUAUGUUGGUCUAUUAGUAGGUAUUUUGUUAGCGUCUCCAACUUCAUUUAUCAUUCAAAAACAUUAUGAAAAAAAAGUUGCUGAUAAUAAUGGCAUAAGCACUCCAGAAAUGAGAUUUGAGGCUUUAUAUUAUGGUGCCUUUUUAACACCAAUUGGUUUAAUGAUUUUUUGUUGGACAUGUUACAGAAAAGUUCAUUGGAUUGGUCCAAUUAUCGGUAGUAGUAUAUUUGGAUCAGGAGUAUUUUACGUGUUUACUGGGGUAUUCAGUUACACAGUAGAUGGGUAUCGUAAAUUUUCUGCUACUGCAAUGGCAUGUAACUCUUUUGUUAGAAGUACGAUGAGUGCUGUCUUUCCACUAUUUGGUUUACAGAUGUAUAAAGGCAUGGGAGUUAAUUGGGCAGGUUUUUUAAUUGCCUGUAUAACAACUGCCAUGAUUCCAGUUCCAUUUUUAUUUGAAAAAUAUGGUGCUAAAUUAAGAGCAAAAUCACCAUAUGCAUGGGAUGAUAAUUAA